AGUUAAAUUAAUCAAGAAAGAGAAACCCCUAAUAUAUAAACACUCCCAUUUUCUCUCACAAACCCACAACACUCGCACCAUCAUGGCUUUCUCCACUAGAUCAAGAUUCUUCUUCUUCUUGUUCUUAACACUUAUUCUUUUCUCCACUCAAAGCAAUGCAAGAGACAGCUACUCAUUUGGUAAGUUCCAUAGAGAGUACCCCAAAGAACAAAACCCCAACAAUCUCCAAACCAACGAGACGAGCGAGCAAGACGACCAGAACCCUCCCUUUAUGCCCGAGACCGAAAACGGAUAUGGCUUGUACGGUCAAGAGACGACCCACAACAACAAUGAAGAUCAGUUUAAGAACAACAAAUACGACGAGAACGUUAACUACGACGACUCAUUCUCAACCCCAAGCCUAAGCCAAACCCAAGAAUCUUACAAGAACUAUGGAGAUAACUAUCCUAAGACGACCGAGAGUUACAACGAAAACAACAAGGACUCGAGCUACUACGAGAACUCCAACGGUUACGGGCCGGAGAAGAGAGAGGAGGGGUACAAGGGCUAUAACGUGGAGAGACAAGGGAUGAGCGAUAAGAGCUACUACGAAAACUCCAAUGCUUACAGGCCGGAGAAGAGAGAGGAGGCGUACAAGGGUUAUGAAAACAACGUGGAGAGACAAGGAAUGAGCGAUACGAGGUUCAUGGCCAAUGGUAAGUACUUCUAUGACCUUGACGACGACAGAAACCACGGCCGUUUCUACCAGAAGCAUUUCUACAACUACAAUCCCACCAAUUACAACGAGGACUCCAGCUUCAAGAAUCCAUACAGUUCUAAAAACAUGGUGAACGGAAAGUCCGAGAUGUUUGGCGAAGAGCAAGGAGAUCAGUUCACUCCAUGAUCACGCGGAGAACAAAUCAUAUUAAAUAUUUUAAAAUUUGUUUUCUAAACUAAUAUUAAAGUUACGAUGGUUGGUUUAUACGUGAAACUAUUAAUCGUUUGCAUAUAAAGUUUGAAGAAUAAAUAUGUAAUGCUUUUUAUGUUAA